AUGAAUAAUGACUCUUCAAACAAGGGAAUUUUUGAUGAUUUUGCAAGUAAUUUAUUCAAAGCUACUAAUUGCACUAAAGAUGAGAGAGGUGAGGCUGCAUGGGAUAGAGAAAAUCAAUCAAUAUCUUAAGAAUUAAAGAGAAGUGCCAACAAAGUAGUACAUUGUCCUGAUUUAAGUGUCGAGCACGGUUCAUCUGAUUGCGAUAAAUUCAAAGAUUUCAAAGACAAAAAGGAUUCUUAAUGA